UCUAGCAGAGAGUAUAAUAGCACUGAAAGCACAUCAGGAAAAAGAGUCUCAACUGCCAGCCAGGCCAAUCCCUUCCCUAAAAUCCAUCAGGACAGAAUUCCUACAGCAUGUCAGCUUUGUCCCAUACACGUUCAAUCCUGUCCCAAGAAACCUGCAGCUCCGGAGCCAUUUCAAGAUCAAGAACAAUAUCUCAGCAAACAGCACCACAAUCUCCCAAAUCUGGAAUGGAAGCAACAUCUGCACCUUCAGUGUGCACAGAUGAGGAUGAGUCACAGAUGAUGAAAAACCCAUUUAAAAUCCCUUCAGAUACUGAUAUCUUCCUAUUAAGAGACAAGGAAAGAGAAAAAGCCAAGAAGGAACGUCAGCGAAAAAAGACCAUGAAAAUCCAUGAGAAGAUGACCUACUCCAGUAUGAUGAAUGUAAAACAAUCAGAGUUCAAGAAACAGCUCCAGAAGGAAGAGGAGGAAGAGGACAGAGAACUGGCAGCAGAAACAGAGCGAAUGAGAGCCCUCCAAGAAAGUCUCUCAUGGAAGAUAGCAGUGACCAAAGACCAGCAGGUGGAAAAAGAGAGCCUGCAUGAAUAUAUAAACAAGAAAAGAGAGAUGUUUCGUAUGCAGUACGCCAUCGCAAUAAAGAGAGAUGAGAUUCAGAAGCUGGAAAACCUAGCAGCUGAAGAGGAAGCAAAGCUGGAAAAGGCUGAACAGUACCUGGAGAAGGACGCUGCCAUGUUUGAUGAUUUCCUGAAGGAGAAUGAUAAAAACUCCGCUCAGGCCCUGAAAAUUGCUGAGAGAGAAACCAAAGCAAAGAUGGAUAAAAUAAUAGAGAUCCGUGAGCUUACGGCACAAAUGAUGAACAUUCAAAGUGAAAUAUCCAGGCUUGAAGACACUCUUCAGGAGUACAUGAUGUACAGGGAUUUCCUCUACCAGCUGUCUCCAAAAGAAUGGCAGGAAGAAUAUGAAAAGAAGCAGAUGAAGAAGAGGGAGAUGAAAAUGGCCUCUAGGGCAAAAGAGGAAAACACUUCCACUUUGCCCCCUGUGCCCAAAGGCCGGGAGCUGACAUCACAGUCCAAACAAGGCAGGUUUCCUACCACCAGCUCUGCAGAACGUCUGAGUGUUGAUUUCUCUGCAGAGGAGCUCGAAUUCAGGCCUCUAAGCCAGAGCCAGAGGAAGGAAUCCAUCAAGCAAGGCAAAAUGCCUUCAAAGCAGAACCCCAAGCCUCCGUCAGCAAGACGGGUGAGUGAGACAGCUUCACUAAAGAUGGAGAAAGCAGAUCCAGUCUAUUCUGAUGAUGAGGAUGAAGAUGAGGCACCAGAGCUGUAUUUUACAGAUCCAAAGCAGCUGCUGAACAUCUUCACUGAGCUGGAAGAGCAGAACCUGUCCCUUAUCCAGAAUUCCCGGGAGACCGAGGAAACUCUAGAUGAACUGAAGCAUGCUCUCACCACGACACAAAAUAAAAUGGGCCGAGAGAUAGCUCAGCUAGAGCAGCUUGAAGUUACCCUGAAAGCCUCCAUUGCCAAAGAAGAGGAGACAGCAAAAGACCUGGCAAUCAAGGCUCAAGUCUUUUCCUUUGGAGAGUUCAAAUCAGAGUUUCAGGAAAAAAUGUUGGCAAGUCUGAGCAAAAAAGUGCUGGAAGUCUAUCGACGUUGUAUUGGAGAAAAUGACGCCAAUCUGGGAACCCUGCAGAUGCUAACCGUCAUAGAGCACCAACUGGAUGACCUACUGGAGUGCCUGGAGAGAGUCCCACAAGCAAAGAUAGAACAGGCUGAGAAAAUCAAAGAAAAGGAGCGGAGAAUGAGGCUCAGGGAUGAAAAAAUAAAACAACAGAGGCAGCUGCAGGAGGAGAGGAUACAGCGGGCGCUGGCAAGAGCACAAGCUGAUAUAAAGAAAAAGACUGGCCGAAGACUGGUGUUUCGUUCUGAGCCUCCCCCCAUCAAAGAAAAGGAAGAUGAGAAUCAAGGGCUAAUAGAUCAAGAGAAGGAAGAGGCUCUCUACUACUUCACUUAAUUUCUCAAAUAAGAUUAGGACAAGUAGAUGAGAACCAGUUGUGCCAAACAGAAUGUUUUUUAGUUGUAUUUCAGGGCAAUCUCACGAUAAAACUUGUGCUUUUCAAAUUACAUGGAAACUUUGCAAUAAAAGAUUCUUCAUUUUUGCUAACCCCAUCGCCCCAGAUGAGUACUGUUUUCAUUGAAGCCAAACAAUGUUGCUUUAAGUAACUGUUUACCAAGGAAAAUAAAACUAAAGCAACUCCUAUUUUGCAUCUGGGCCUUCUGUCAGCAAAAAGAUUUUUCAUAAAAGUUACUCAAGCCAGUAGCAAGAUCCUGGAAACUUGGGAAAUAAGAUUUAUUAUAGUCGGAUGACAUCUUAGUUAUGGCAAGACAAAGCUAGACUCCAGCCAGAUGUUUGUUACAAACCUCAUGCCUAUGAGAAAGUAUAAAAACAAAGGCAAUACCCCCUCCCAGGAGGGGAAGUUUUUGGGCUGCAUGAGGAAUUCCACCCCAUUAGUACUGAGCCUUCAAUAGUCCAGAGGGGACAAAGAACAAGCACUGCAGAGGGAGAAAGCUAUCAUGUAUUUUUUUUUGUGUGAAAGCCUAUCUGCAAGAGAUGUAGUUGCUUAUUAUCAAGAACAAGCCCAAUGACAAACUGACCAUAAAAAAAGCUUUAUUAAUCCUUUUUUUGCACCAGCAGCUCUUCAGGUGUCCAUUGCCAGCAACGGACUUCAAGCCGACUGAUCCAAUUCUCGGCCCCAAGCAGUUAGCAAUUUACAUUCACUUACAAAGCCAAGUGAGGUACAUUUUCAGAAGUAGAAACAGAGUCAGUUAUAAGUCCCAUAAAAAGAUGGAGUGGUUCCUUGGCCAUUUUCUUAACUUAAGAAGAACUCGUAUGGUCCACGAGAAUGGAAGGAUCAACAGGUGUUAAGAGAGUUCAAGCAACUCAGCUUCCGGGGACAACGUGGAAACUGUUCUAAAGCAAGACCCAGUAACCCCUUCAAUGGUGCCGUGUUCCUGCAGCUGACUCAUCAUUCCCUUUGCCUCUCAAGACUGGACUCCAUGAUG